AUGUCGUCUUCGUCCGCCCUUCCAUCUGCCAGCGCUCCUUCUUUCGUAUCACAUUCAUUGCUAGACGACACGCACUCGCAAUUGCAGCCUGAACCGACAACCAACAUCAUCGUACCGCAAGCGCCGCGGCCAUCACUUCUUUCCAACCAAAGAAAGCAAGCGGCAGCAGCGCCGCACGGCUAUAGACAAUCCUCCUCCUACUCCUCCUCUUCAUCACGAAGGACACAACGAAUCGACCCAUACCUGCAGACAUUCCACGAGACAAACCUCGGUGCAGCCUUCCGCCCACCGUCUCCGUCAUCAGCACCGCCUCUCACUCUCUCCUACCGCUCUAGACCUCAGCUUUCCCAGCUUUCCAAUUGGUCCGCGCUCAUCGACGCCCUUCCAAAACGCCCAAGAAGGAUCAACUCCCUCGAACCAGCAUCUCCCACCGCACAAAGUACACCCGCUCCCUCCUCCAUCUCUACUCAUCCCUCCUCCCCUCUCACAUCCGAACACCCCGACCUCGCCGUCUCUUCGCUCACCGAAGCAACCAGCAUUGCUGCUCCCGACUCACUCUCUUCCUCAGCCGUCGGCACCCCUCAGCUCAACCCGCCAAAAGUCAAUGUGUGGGGCACUCCCAAGUCAUGGGCAGACACCCUCGGUCGCACCGGUCUAAACGCCAAAGGUCCCAUCGGCGUCAGCGUCAAUGUCGGACAAGACAGCGCUUCCGCUGCCUCAGAAGUGGGCUCACCCUCCGCUGCGCGCUCUCCCAAAGCCUCAAACGGUCGCAAGGCUGGUCGCAAGUCUGCAGUUGCCCCUGCCAAACCGACCGUCAUGAGCCUCGAGCGUCUGCUGGCAGAUGCGCACACACGCUUCGAUGCUCCCAUCACCCAUCCCCGCGGUCUAGUUAACAAGGGCAACUUUUGCUUCGCCAACGCCAUCCUGCAGACGCUCGUCUAUUGUGCUCCCUUCUACAACCUUUUCAGCCUCAUCGGAAACGAAGUGCCCGCCGACUUUGGAAACGCCACACCUCUCAUGGAGGCCGUCAUUCAAUUCUUGCGCGAGUUCCUCCCUGCCGAUGCAUCCAUGUCGAUCGACUUCGCUGACCCAUCGGUCGCUGCCGCUUCCGAGCCUUUUGUGCCCGAAUUCGUCUACGAUGCCAUGCGUCUCAACAAGCGAUUCGAUCAGAUGCGACGCGGUCAUCAGGAGGAUGCGGAAGAGUUCCUCGGCUUCUUCCUCGACACGCUCCACGAAGAGCUCAUCUCGGCGCAGCGCCGAUCCGCCAUCAAGCUGGCCCACUCGGCUGGCGGUCCCAACGGCAUCCUUGCCAAGAUGUCCGACGAGGAAAAGAAGCUCAACGGCGUAUCCGACGACGAUCUCAGGCGGCUCGGUGUGCGCGUGGGCAAGGACGCCGCCUCGGGCGAUGCCGUCGGUCUCGGUCUAGAUGCUGCCUUCGACGACCAAGACAUUGUCGAGAGGGAGGUCAUGCGUCCCGUCAGCCCCUCUGAAGAAGGCUGGAUGGAAGUUGGUCAGAAGGGCAAGACCGCCUACACCCGUACCACCUCCACCUCCGAAUCGCCCAUCACGCGCAUCUUUGGCGGCAAACUUCGCAGCGUGCUCAAGACACCCGGUGCCAAGGACAGCGUCACGCUCGAGCCUUACCAGCCAUUGCAGCUCGACAUUCAGCCUGCGCACGUUCAGUCGAUCGAGGAUGCGCUUCUGCAUCUCACUGAGCCCGAGAUCAUUCCGGGAGUGUGGUCGCCUUCGCGCGCCGCAGAGGUCGACGCUACCAAGCAGGUCUUUGUCGAGUCUCUCCCUCCUGUCCUGGUUCUGCAUCUCAAAAGAUUCAUCUACGACGAGAUCGGAGGCGUUCAAAAGAGCCAAAAGCCCCUGUCGUACGGGACCAAGCUCGAGAUCGCUCCCGAAGUGCUCAGUCCCGCCAUGAGACUGCAGCCAAGACCACGCUAUCGCCUCUUUGGUAUCGUCUACCACCACGGACGAUAUGCUUCGGGCGGCCACUACACCGUCGACGUAUUGCGUCAGGACGGGCAUUCUUGGCUUCACAUUGACGACACGCUCUUCCACACCGUGCCCACCGAGCACGUUGUGCGCAACGCAGCUUCCGUUAACCGCGAUCACGGCCAUGAUGGUCUGGCCUAUCUGCUCUUCUACCGACGCGAGUUGCCGGGCGAGGCAGAGUCGGCAUCGGCGCCAGGACAAGCAAAGGAGGCGUCCGCUCCGGCCAAGAACGGUGCACCUGCAGCGAAGGUGAACGGCAUUCACGCAGCCGCGCCGAGCCCAGCGGUGGCAAGCAAGUCGGCACAAGCACCAGUAUCGGCCACACCGGUCGAGGCAUCAGCAAAGAACAAACAGCAGCAGCCACAGCAGCAGAAGACGGUUAUCGGAUCAAAGACUGCCAAGGGCCAGGCCGAUUCGGCAGCUUCGUCGCCUCGUGUAGCUCACGCCUCUCCCAAGGUCCCAGGAGCUGCACCGGCGAGCAAGAAGAAGGUCGUGCCCGGUUGGGAUCGCUGA